CUCCUCACUUAGCUAGUGCGCGUGAGACCAAAAGUAACGGUUUGAACGACAAGUCGGCAAGAUAGCCAACCCUUUUAAGAGGAAUAACAGAUACAAAGUAUCUAUAACAUGCCUAGAUCGUUCUUGGUUAAGAACAAGAGGACCCUAAAAGCUCCCAAUGGCAGUGAGGACCAAGUAUUCCAGCCUGAAGAUGAUGAGGGAUGCWCACAAGAAAAGAGAAGCAAAGACUCUAUCAGUAGUGAUUCUACUAGUGAAGACAAUGAACAAAGUUCUGGAAUGACCUCACCAAAACUCUUCAAAGAUGAUGAGAUUCUUCCUCCCAGUAAGACAAACAUGCAUGAGUUUUUCCGCCGACUCAAAGAYAAACUAUCACUUAAUGUCGAUGGGGAAGAAGAUGGCUUAAGAGAGUGUAAAGACACUGAAAUGACGGCGAGGAAAGGUAUUCUCAAUGAAGACGGUGAGUCUUCAAGACUAACUGAAGAUUUCCUAAAGGAAAUGUUAAAAGGAACAAAUGAAAAAUACCAAGUUUCUAAAGAAAAGAAUUCACGCGGAGAAAGUGAUAAAAUAAAUGAAAGUACAAAGAAUUUAGAACCACUCCCUAAUACCAGCAAAGAUGUGUUCACAGGAACAGCAAGAGGAAAUUGCUGGCAAAGGUCUUCUUCAUCGGACGAAAUCGAGUUGGAUGAAAAUAAUUUAGUUUCAAGUAAUAACAAUAGCGAGUCAGUUAAUGAAGAAACGAGGCAAAUACCCCCUGAAAUUCCUAGGGAUUUUGAAUCACAAUUUAAAAUGGUAAAAUCCUUGAGUUGCUCAAGCGUCGUGAAAUCACCGCUCAGAGAUGUAAUAGACGAGCCUUCAUUGGAUCAAAGUGUUAAAGAAGAUUCUACGGGAAAUCCCAGAAAUAUUGAAAACGAAGGUAAAGACACAGAGGACAUAAGGCGGAAGAGUGAAACCGAUUCUGCAGGAAUCCCGAAGGACGCGUCUAAAGUUUCUGCAAGCGCGCCAAGGGACCUUGUUGGAGAAUAUGCUGGUAUCUCGAGAGACAUUGUUAGAAAUCACGUGGACAAACCAAGAGACGCUGUUAUAGAUUGCCCGAAUAAUCCAAAGGAGACUUCCAGACAUUCUACAGGCAUCUCUAGAGAAACAAUGGAAGAUUCUGCGGGUGUCCCGAGGGUGACUACAGCAGAUUCUGCGGGCAUCCCGAGCGCAGUUUCACCUCCUGCCCUUCUCUCAGUCUCAGAAAGAAAAUAUGGGCGCCACGAUAGCAGCGCGUUCUCUUCCCGUCAAGACAUCGAAUUAAAGCAACACACUUACAACAAAUCAAGACAUGAGGGAAUGGACUGGGACCAGAGACACAUGGACCGACAAAUACACGGUAAUGACAUCAUAAUGAAGGAUAAACCGAUUAAUCUGCCUGGACGAAUUAUUUAUGAAGAUGACAUCAUCAAGUCCCCGACUAUACAUCCAGCGCUGAAUCGAAAUGUUGAUCCCUUUUUCGGACGACUAACGCCUGUCGUAAACCCAUGCUACCAAGAAGUGCACCCUUUGACGUCGCCGGUUUUUCCAACCAAUCAGAUGCCAGAAUUGAACCAUUUGCCAUCAAUACCCACAAUGCAUCGCAGCGUGACAGAUCCUGAACUAGUUCGUUACUUAAUGCUUCAAAAUGGCGCUAUGAAAGAACCAAUGAAACCAUACCAAUGGUACAACCAUGAUACAUAUGAAAGAAGUGCAUAUCCCGCGGGAUGGGACCCGUAUCUCGGGUCGAGGGGAUUCUUAUCACCAUCGCAGGUUUAUAAAGAGGGUAAGAACGCUCAGGAAGGUUUCAAUGGUACGCGAUACAAAUGUGGGUUGUGCGGAGCAUCAUUCUCUCUCCAGAGACUUUUAAACCGACACAUGAAGACCCAUUCGUUCUACAAGAGAUAUCACUGUCAGUUUUGUGGCAAAGGAUUCAACGAUACGUUUGAUCUCAAGAGACAUAUUCGCACACAUACUGGUAUUAAACCGUUCAAAUGUAGCGACUGCGAGAAGGCGUUUACUCAACGAUGUUCGUUGGAAGCGCACCUUACGCGCGUGCACGGCAUCGUGCAUAAGUUUGGGUUCCGAGAAAGGAGGGAAAAACUGUACGUAUGCGAAGACUGUGGGAAAACGUUCAAAGAAAACCAGUCUGAAUUCAGACAACACGUUGCAAAUCAUCACCCUGAGACAGAUAGGGUUUUGCGAUUGAGAAGGAAUGGCUUUCCUUCGUGAAAAUGCGUUGUAAAAAAUUCAAUCAUUAUGAAUCACGCAGGGCUAACAAUGAAUGACCAAUAGUUCAUAGAUACAACAUUUAAAGAUUAUUAUUACUCAAAAUAUCCGUGCAGGUCACGAGUACAUGAUUCGGAGCAUAAAGCCAGCUAGCGUUAAGAAACAAUUUCAUCAUUGCAAAUAAUUUAUACUGUAAUAUAACGACGCAAAGGAAACCACGCCUGCAAUUUAUCAAAAAACCCACCCAUUUACAUGUUACUAUUUUAUACGUAAAAACGCAAUGUUUUGAUUAUUUAAUUCACAAAUAUUUCAUGAGAACCACAUGAAUUUAAUGUCAUAACCUCUCAACUCUAGAGGAACGGUAUACCUGUGUAAUUUUAUGUUAAUUAUUUUACUAUAAAUUGCUCAAAUAUAUAUAUAAUUUCAAGCAAAACAAUAAAUAUUAUCA